AUAAAUAAUAUUAUAAUUAAUAUGUUUGUAAGCUAUUCUAAUUGCAUUUAAACUAUUUUAAAUAUCUAAAGUACUGAUAUCUAAGUAUGUCAUAGAGUAAUUCCACUGUUGCAUUUUUAUGCGAUUUGCGGAAAGGCAAAGUGCAAGCGUAAUUCGAGCGCAACAGAGAUGAACUAAUUGGCCCGCGAGAACUUUGCAGCCGCACGAUGGAAUCACCAAGAUUCACGUAUGUACAACGUGUUUUCAAUGACUGCGACAAAGAGCGAUUCGCUAGUGGUAAGUCGAAAUGGAAGGGAGCCCAACAAACGGGCCGAUGGAUUUGUCGGCUGGUCGGUCAGUGUAUUCUUCGCAAUGGCUGGAUCAAGUACCAACGGCGUCAUCGAUCUGUUGGAGAAGCUCCUGAAGAUUCUUAAAGAAGAACAUGUUUUCGAUCGAUCUGAUGACCAACCUGUCGUCCAAUUCCGUUAUCCUGCAUAUUUACAGAAAAACCUAAAUCUGUCUUUGGACGACAAUCCAGCGAGUGGCAUGGAAAUAGAAACAGCGAUACGGCAGACUAUACAAUAUUCCGUGAAAACGUUCAGUCCGCAUUUUCAUAAUCAACUCUUUGCUGGAGUCGACGAGUAUGGAUUAAUUGGUUCCUGGUUGACAGACGUAUUGAACACCAGCCAAUAUACCUACGAGGUCGCUCCCGUAUUUACUCUGAUAGAACGAGAAGUGAUACAAAAGUCACUGGAGCUGUUUGGCUAUCCGUUAAUGCCAGAUGGCGACGGUAUGAUGUGUCCAGGUGGUAGCAUAUCGAAUAUGUACGGGAUGUUGUUGGCCAGGCACAAGAAGUUACCACACGUUAAGAAAUCGGGGCUCUGUUCGUUGCAAACACCUCUAGCGUGUUUUACUAGCGAAGACAGUCAUUAUUCAAUUUUGAAAGCUGCAAAUUGGUUGGGCUUUGGCAUUGAUCAAGUUUAUAAGGUGAAAACGGAUGAGUUUGGUCGCAUGAAAGUGAGUGACCUGAAGAGACUUCUAAUACAGGCAAAAAGUGACGGAAAACUACCAUUCUUUGUGAACGCCACCGCCGGAAGCACAGUGGUCGGUGCCUUUGAUCCAUUACCGGAAAUCGCUGCGAUAUGUCGGGAUCAGUCGCUCUGGCUGCACGUAGACGCUUGUCUCGGUGGAACCCUAAUGUUGUCGGAAAAGUAUCGGUACAGGCUACGGGGCAUCGAAUUAUCGGACUCCGUAUCCUGGAAUCCACAUAAAAUGCUCGGCGUGCCGUUGCAGUGUUCUUUGUUUCUGGUUAAGGGUAAAAACGUGCUGCAUGAGGCGAAUUGCGCUCAGGCCAAAUACCUUUUCCAACAAGACAAAUUUUACGACGUCAGCUGGGACACGGGUGACAAAAGCGUGCAAUGCGGCAGAAAGAUCGACUCAAUGAAAUUUUGGUUAAUGUGGAAAGCCCGCGGCAAAAUCGGUCUUACGCGAUCAGUGGAACAAGCAAUGUCCUGCGCGGAAUAUUUUCUGAAACGAAUUAAGGAGACCACUGGUUUCCGGUUGGUGCAAUCUCACUAUCAGUGUAGCAACAUAUGCUUUUGGUAUGUACCGCCGACAAUGCGCAAUGAGAAAGAAACUCCAACUUGGUGGAAGAAAUUGUACGAGGUCACAACGCAGAUAAAAAAACGCAUGAUUCUGGACGGAUCUCUCAUGAUUAGUUACACGCCGUUACCGCAGAAGGGGCUUGGCAAUUUCUUUCGUAUGGUCGUAACCUGCCAACCGCCACCCACGAAAUUAUCCAUGGAUUAUGCUAUCAAUCAGAUAGAAAAAUCCGCGGCCGAUUUGUAGAAAAGAGCUUUCGAUCCUCAUCAUUGACAAUCUCACGAGCUAAAUAUAUGAAGUUAAAGAUUCGUUUUUGUCGUAAAAAUUGAUAUUUCAAAAUACUUACAAAGUCGUAAAAAAAGAAUCUUAUCUUUAUUACAAACAAGUGCGCAGGAUAAAUGCAAUUGGGUACAGUAUUCAUUACUUGCAUAUACAUGUGACCUUGAUAAUAAUAAUUUAUCCGAUGUUUAACAACCUCAAGCAUUAUUACGUCAUAAAUUUCGUGACCUUACCUCAUAUAUCAUUAACUCACAUUUUUUUCCAUGACGGAUUUACAUAAGCUUGCGGGAGGCAAUUAACAUGAUUAAACUCUUAAGUUCUGGAAGACAUCAACGAUUCUUCCAAGUUUCAAACAAAAAGGAUUUAAUUUUCUUCUUGAGCCAGGCAAGGAGAAUCAUUUCAGUAGUCGCAUGCAUAAACGUAAUUCGCACUCGACUCAAUAUGAGCCAAUAUAAACGCAAUCAUCGCGCGAGGUAUUCUUACAUAAUAUACGCAUUCGCUUCAUUCAUAAAGCUAUGUUUAAGAAGAUGCAUUUUUUAUGUACAACUCCGUAUCAUGGCACUACGUUAUCGGUAUAAAAUUCGAUAUUUCUUUCAAAUAAAAAACAAAAGAGAUGGA